AUCUGUACAUAGCGGAGGUCGAUUUAAAUUUCCGCGGCUUUCUCUCCAGCAGACGGCAGCAACCACAAUGUUUUGAUUUUGUUUUGAAAAUAAUGGACGCUUGACAACUGACUGUCGGCGAGCUUGUCGCAUUUUUUGAAAUCCAAAUGCUGUAAGAUAAUCGAAAAACAAUGUAUACACACUGAUGAAUGUUUGUUUACAAUUUAAGAGUGUAAAAUUGAGAGAAACGAUGACAGAAGUGGAAGAAAAUGUACUUCCGCCUAAAUUCUUUGAUAACAAUUCUGUUCUACACGAAUAUGAAUCUAUUUCCGCUAGUUUGAAGGAAGAGUUGAACAUGUGCAAGGUGGAACAAACUAAACUUCGAUUAGAAAUUAAAACUAUUCAAGAAGAAAAUAGAAAUGCUAAUGAAGCUCUGCAUGCUUCUUUAACAGAAUGUAAUCAUGGUAAUUGUCAAAUAGUAGAAGAGCAUAAAGAAGUUCUUACAAAUUUAGAAAAACGAAUAACUAUUAUGCAAAUGGAAAAGGAUUCUACUUAUCAAUUAUGGCAAAUGGCAUUAAAAAUUAUAGAUUGCUUAGAAGAAGAGCUUAGAAAUAUUAAUAGAGAUGACAAAAGUACAAAAUUUUAUCAAGAACAAAUUGUAAAUAUAAAAGAAGCGUAUUCUGAAGCUAUUAAAGUACUAGAAUCUAAAUUAGUCUCUGCCAAAGAAACUUUUUUUCAACAGCAAGCUCGGUCAGAAAAAAACAAAGAAAUGAUUGAGCAGUUAACAAAAGAAAAAACUAACAUUUCACAGCAAUUAACUAUUUGUCAGCAACAAUUUAGCGAAAAAGAUAAGAUUCAGCAAGCAACAAUAGAUUCCCUAAAAGAGGAUUUUAAUUCUACUAAAUGCGAACUUGAAUUUAUCAAGCAGUCCAAAAUUGAUUUAGAAUUAAAGUUAAAGGAAGCACAGACAAUUGUAAGUAACAUGAUGAAGAGAGAAAAUGAAGCUAAACUUAAAGUUUCAGAAGCUGUUGAAUUGAUAGAAUCUGUAAUGAAAGAAAAAAAUGUAAUAUUAAAAAGGGAAGCUAGAGUUGUAGAAGAAAAAAUAAAGCUGGAAAAAAACAUAGCUAAAUUAUCGGAUGAAAACGCUAAUCGUUUAGAUACAGAAAUUACAAAAAUCAAAGAAAUGUAUAAUAAAAAUAUAAAAAAGUACCAAUUAGAAAUUAAAGAAUUAAAAGCUGAAUUGAGAGAAAAAAUAACGGCAUUAGAUCGAACUGAACGAGAACGUAGAUUAGCAGAAGAAGAAUUAGAAAAGGUUAAGCAAGAUUCAAAUAAUUUUAUACAUAAUUCUCAUGCUCGAAUUCUGAAUCUUGAACAAAGUCUACAGCCAAGAGAUUCUAGGCUACAAAUAAAUGAAUCUGGUCAAAAAACGAUAAACAAUGACAGAAUUCUUGAUUUGGAAACUCAAAUAAGUCGUUUGCAGGAAAAAUUAUCUAGUACUACAGAGACAUUAAGACGGGUCCAAUUUCAAAAUUCUCGAGAUGUAGAGGACCAGAUAAGAGAAGCUGACAGUCGUAAGAGAGAAAUUAUGGAGAAAUGUUCAAAUUUUGAAAGGCAAUUAUCUCGAUCUAUUACUGAUAAAGAAAAUUUAGCUUGUCAAUUAUAUAAUUUGGAAAGUUCUUUUCAAAAAGAAUUACAAAAGAGAAAUCAUGAAAAGCUAUUAUUGGAGAUCAAAGUUCGCGAUCUACAAGAAAAGAUUUCAAAUGCAGAAAAUUUUCCUAAUGGACCAACAACUGUUGUAAAUAAUUUACCAAUCAGAAGAGAUACUAGUCAGCAAACCAUGGUGCAUUAUGAUCCAUUAACAAACAUCAUAGCUUUACAAGAAAAAUAUGAUAAGAAAACAAACGAAUUAAUUCAACAUGUUGAAACUCAUCAAAAACUUAGUAAUAAAUGGAAAGAAGAAGCCAACUCGCUUACCGAAAAAUUCCAAAAACGCACACAAGAUUUCAAAAGUAAAAUAAAUAUUUUACAAAAACAAAACAAUGACUUAGCUCGGGAAUUGCUAUUUUACCAACAACUUCUUGCCCGCUGUAAUGCCCAGAUAGUUCAGAAAUUUACCACAGAUACAGAAACACGGUGACACUUACUGAAAACAUGUAUAAAAACAUUAUUGC